CAUAGAUAAACGCGCCAGGGGGGCAUCUCAAAAACUGUCCACCCGGUCUCCGGUCUGGCGCAAAGCUUGCCCCCCAUAAAGCGGCCAUCCCAGCACACACUCUCUCUGUGCCUAACGAUCUCUUCUUUUGAACGACCAUCAUGCCUUUCGAUCCACGCGACAAGGCUACUAGCGAGAAGGAUGCAGUCUCCGUCAAGGAAUACGACUCCGAAUCUCAGCUGGAUUCAAAUGCCCCACAACAGACCAAGCUGAAGCGUUCGCUCAAAAACCGUCACAUCGCCAUGAUCAGUAUCGGCGGUGUGAUUGGUACUGGUCUGUUCCUGGGAACCGCAAAUUCGCUAGCUGCAGGUGGUCCGAUUGGUCUGCUUCUUGGAUAUGUGACCGUCGGGACAAUUUGCUAUAGUGUCAUGAUUUCUCUCGGUGAGAUGAUUGCCUAUCUUCCGAUCCCUGGUGGCCACAUCAAAUUGGCCGAACGGUUCGUCGAUCCCGCGUUCUCUUUCACUAUGGGUUGGAACUACUGGUAUAACUGGACGAUCAUCCUCCCGGCCGAACUAAGCGCCGCGGCGGUGUUGAUUGACUAUUGGAACGCAUCCAUUAGUAGCGCGGCAUGGAUCUCGGUGUUCUUAGUUGUGGUCGUCACUAUCAAUAUGUUUGGUGCCGGUGUUUACGGCGAGGCCGAAUUUAUCUUCGCUUCCAUCAAGGUCAUCACGAUUACAGGACUCAUCAUCCUCGGUAUCGUGCUCGACUUGGGAGGUGGGCCAAACCACGAUCGUAUCGGCUUCCGGUACUGGAAGAAUCCUGGUCCCUUCGUGCAGUACAAUGGCAUUGCAGGGAACAAGGGUCGCUUCCUCGGCUGGUGGGCGGUCAUGACCCAAGCCGCCUUCUCUUUCAUCGGAACCGAGAUUGUCGCCAUUGCCGCAGGCGAAGCCAAGAACCCAAGACGCAACCUGCCAAAGGCAAUUCGCCGUGUCUACGUCCGAAUCCUGCUGUUCUACAUCGGCGGCGUCAUCAUCAUCGGUCUCCUCGUGCCUUCGAACAAUGAAUAUCUUUCACUGUCUUCGUCGACUGCCGCCAAGUCGCCGUUCGUCAUUGCGAUCAAGACAGCGGGCAUCAAGGGUUUGCCAUCAGUCAUCAACGCGGCACUUUUGACUUCAGCGUGCUCUGCUGCUUCAUCUGAUCUGUACACAAGCUCCCGUGCUCUCUAUGGCCUCGCUAUGGUUGGAAAUGCACCAAAGGUUUUCGCAAGGACAGCUGGCAAUGGCUUGCCUUACGUCUCGCUCAUAACCUGCGCGCUGUUCUCUUGCCUUGCGUACAUGGGUGUCAACAGCGGAUCCGGAAUGGUCUUCGACUGGUUCGCUAACAUGACGUCGAUCGCUGGAUUGAUGACAUGGUUUGGUAUCUGUGUCACUUACAUCCGCUUCUACCGCGGGUUCAGGUUGCAGGGCUUCGACCGGGCCACUCUUCCUUAUGCCUCUCGACUGCAACCAUUCGCCGCCUGGUAUGGUGCGGCAGCGUGCUUAAUUAUCUGCCUGUUUAGCGGAUGGGCUGUCUUCCUGAAAGGCAAUUGGGAUACCGCGACGUUUGUCACGAACUACCUGCCACUUAUUCUCUUCCCCAUCCUCUACGUUGGCGCGCGCAGGUGGAAACGAGUGCCGCCAGUGAAGCCAGAGAACAUGGACUUCAUAUCUGGUCUGAAGGAGAUCGAGGCCGAUACAUACGACGAGCCGCCUCCGAGGAACAAGCUCGAGGCAUUCUGGCAGUGGCUGAUGUAAAGAAAAGUUACGAUCAUCUUUCCGUGGUCGCCGAGUGGCGCCGAGACUCGGAGUGCUGAAUAGUACGCAGGUUACUUUAUUCCCAUGCGCAAUGUACAGAUAUCGGCUGGCCAAAUGUAUACAGUAAGUUAGUUACGUUGCUUUGCUGUCCCCGCUUA